AUGGAAAAAUUACAAAAUUCAGAUACUAAAAUAAUAGUAGGUGAUGGUAAAAAUAUUUAUGCUUAUUCUCAAAUACUUAUGCAAAAAUCUCAAUAUUUUAACAAUGCUUUAUCUGAAUCAUGGAGAGUUAAAGAAUUUAUAAACACAUUUUCAUUAGCUGAUGAAAUGUUUAACGACUACACUUUUGCCCUCGCUCAUGCAAAACAAUCUGCUGCCGCCGCUCAAAAAGCCCGUAUCUCAAGCCAGAUUAUUCACAAGAGUCCCAGAACAUAUCUUACGGCUAAUUCCUGCCGGCCAGGUUCAUGUUUGACACUGGUAUUCAUCGCUUCAUUGUCUUUACGUUUGUCACCUCCACCUCAGUCAACUUUCACGAACGUCUCGAACACCGACUACGAAGAUGAAUUUUUUAAGGGGGGACGUUAA